GUUGGUGCGCGAUUUAAAUGGCUAAAAGGAUGGGAAAAGGAGUUUAUUUCUAUUAUUUGAAGGCUGGAAACAAGUAACGCUGGAAAUGCAUCUCGCUGCUAUUCUUGUGUUAAUGUUGGUCCACACAGUAGAUACAAUCAUAGUUCAGGUCCAGCAGUGGAGUGUGGUGGGUGCCCAGCAGGUCGUGGAGCAGGUCCUUCUCAAUGGAGUCCCUCUUACUGGAGCAAGCAAGGAAGUCAGCAGCAUUAUCAAAACCAUGUCAGCUGAUGAACUCCUUCCAACACUUAUGAGCCUCAACCAGAUUACAGAACUGAGAAAUUACACUGUUCUUCGGUCUCGUGAGUGCAUACUGGAGGGGUCUCAGCUGCACUGGACUGACCGUGUGCUCUAUGAUGGAGAGGUCUACCUGACUCUGGACCACAAUGAUACCUGGACAGCCCACAUACCACAAGCACUGGCCCUCAAAGUGCUGUGGGACCAGGCAGAGCAGCGCACAAGGACUGAGAGGAUCCGCCUUCAGGAGGGAUGCAUCAAGCUGAUGAGAGAAUUAAAGCUUUCUGAGGAGCAGUCAGUUGCAGGAAAUCAUUUGCCUAGGUUUUUGAUCCCAGUCUUGGCUCUGUUGGUCUUUAUAGGACUUAUCAUUAUCAGCCUCUUCCUCUACAAAAAACUGGGUAAUCCACACCCUGGAGGUGUUAUUGGCUCAAUUAUACAUUACUCACCUAACACCAUUGUAUGAAAUGCCUCCGAAGGACAUCACAGAAAUGCCUCAAGAAACAAAAGGCUAUGGAUAUCAUAGCCAUCAUA